AUGCCAGAUUUGUUUGAUAACUUUUUCACUUCAAUUGGUGCUAAAUUGAACGGGGGACACACAAGACGUCGCUACUCUGCCGGUUCCCAAGUCAACACCGGAAGCUUUUACAGCUACCACAAUUCACCCAGCAACAAUAACUACUGGUUGCCCAGGAAGUUGUCCACUGCCGAGGACACGAAGGACAAGCCUGAAAUGAAUGCUGCAGGAAAUGCUUUGGAUGGAACACAACCCAUCAAGCUUGGCUCUACCAAUUUUAGCGCAACAUCAAAUGCUGCACCCUUGGAUGACAAUAUCGAACCUAGGUCGAGGCUCAACAGUACUUCUUCAGAGAAAAGCAUGGAGAAUUAG